AUGCCGGCACUAGCGGUAGAACCAGUGCCAGAUGAUAGCGCAGGCCUACCCGACGAUUCCAUGCCGGAGCCUGAGUCAGGUGGUAGAAUACCCGCAAGGUUAAAUACGGCCAAGGCCAACAACGUAUCACAAUCUGUGUCCGCAUUAAGCGCCAAUGAGCCUUUGGAUAUAUAUGCGCGAAAAGGUUCGCAUGCGGAGCAAGUAAAUGUACAUACUCCCAAAGCAUCGUCAGCGGUCAAACGAAAGACCAAGGUCAUCUACACCGCCAAGAAGAAGCAGAUGAAGCAGCCCUUGGGGAUUCUAAACGCCCGGCAAAAGCAUCCACUCGUGUUUGUGCGAGCGUCGACGGAAGAUGGUCUGCCUUUGCCUGGUGAUGCAGAUGUCGUGUCGGUCGGCUUGAUGGAAGAGCUUGACCCCAUUCAGGAUACUCAGCUUGGCCGCCCGCCGGCUCAGUUGAACACUGUACGAGUUGGUUCUCACGUCAGUCCAUUGAACGUUUCGAAGCAGUCCAGGUUCGUUCCCACGGCCAAGAAUGGCCCGCAGCAAUCAAAGAGAUCAAGACUACCUGUAGAUCGUAUCUUCACUUUCUCGGACGCUCAAGCACCCAAGCGUCGCCACGGACGCCUUCGAUUGCCUAGCUCAAGCUCGCUAUGUGAUGGGUUCGAAGGCUAUGAAUUGUUGAUUCCGGCGCCGAAAGUGCACAGCCGAGGACGGCAAAAAGAGAGACUCGUGGGUACGCCUAAAGCAGGAGCGAAUGCCGACGAAUCGAGAGGUGGGUUAGAGCUAGCGUCUGGAUAUUUCCCAGUGUCUUGUCCGAUCGAACCUAAGUUAUCAAAAUCAAGCGGUACUAUGUUGACCGAACAUGGCUCUCAACUGGAGCUUGUACAUCCUUCGGUUGAGACUGAUUUGCGGAAUUUUCGACACGAUUCCCUUCCACUUCACCUUUCCGUCGAGGCCACUGUCCGGAGCCAGCUUGCCGGCAUUACAGCUCCGUUGCGUGAAGAAGAUGAGUUCCAUUCUUCCAGCUUCGAUGAAGGGUUGAAUACAUAUCUCAGUCGGUGGGGCUUGGAGGAAUCUUCCAGAAGCUCGGACUCCGGAGAGUCCGACCUACUAAAUUCAAGCUCUGAUUCAGAUGGGGAGGAGACGGACUACUUCGGAGAAGCCAUGUACAGGAUGGACAACAGAGAUGAAGGGGAUUUCUGGUCACAGUACCCAGGACUCGAUUGA